GUCACACAGUAGAAUAAUAUUUUACCUGUCCUUUUCUCUUCCACAGAUCCGAUAGGGAGAAAAUAUGAGAGAGAAAGUGUUGAAGAAUCUGAACAAAACACAUUAAUUUUCAAGAAAAAUAUAUCAAUGUAAUUGUUUGUGUAUAGUGGUGUUUUAAAAUUUAUGAUUUUUUGAAAUCGAAAUAAAUGAUUUUUUUUUUAUCUACCAUUUAUUAUAAAAUUAUUAAUGCAGCUACCGUCAAAUUCAUCAACCAUAUAAAUUUGAUAAAAAAAAUAAAAAUAAAAAUCAUAACUUUUUCUUUGCUUGUGGAACCCAUUAGUCCUAUUUGUUUUUGGGUCCUUUUACGUUGCUCACUGUCAAAUUUAAAGGUAUCGUUUUCUUCGUACCUUGGUUGGUUUGUAACCAUCUAACUUUUUUCAUUUCUCUUGUUUCUCACUUAUAUUAUCAGUGUUGUGUCUUUGUGUGUGUCUUCUUAGAGAGAGAGAGAGAGAGAGAGAGAGAGAGAGAGAGAGAGAGAAUGAAAUGUCAACCAGUUGUUUUUGCUUAGAUUUGGUGUUGUGUGUGAAUAUGACUUUGAGAUACAUGUGAGAUAAGGUUUUUUUCCUUAUUUUGAUGUAUUUUCUUACAAAAAAAAAUGAUAAAUUUUUUUUUUGUCUAAACACUUGUUUGGAUUUUCUCCUUUCUGGGUCUCUGUCAAAAUUCUCAAUACUGACAAGAAAUUAGUCAAGUGUGAAAUAUAAGAAAAUUAGAGACUUUUUUUUCCUCUUUCUCUUAUCUGUCACUGUUUUGUGAUUUUUUUUCUUUGCUGUUUGUUGGUUCAGACAUGAGAAGCAUGUGUGAACCUUGGAUCAGAAAGGAAGACACUUUCUUCUUGUCCUAUUGUUACCUUUUUAAUCUGUUUCUGGAUUAGGCUUUCUUCUGAAGAGAGAGAAAGUGUUAAAAGUCUUUUGUUUGUGUCUGUGUGUGAUGCUGUUGGGUUGACAAAGAAAAUAGCUUUUUAUUCAUUUUCAACUUUUUUUAAUCAAAAAAUUCAAUCUUGUCAGUUUUUAGCUUAAUCUGAUUUAAAGGGUCAAAAAGUCAAAGACUUGUGUGGAAUCAAAAAGUGAUAGUGACGAUUGCUAGUAAUAAAAAAAUAAACUUUUGAGUACAUAAGAGUCAGAAUGAAUGGAAUAGAGACUAUUCUUCUCAGACAAGUUCUUAGAGAGAAAAAAUGGGGUUUGAGAGUGUGAACAGUUCCUGUAAGGUUGCAAGACUUGUCACUGAUAUUUCUAUACCCUUUUCCAGUUCAAUGCAAAAUUCUUCUACCUUUUUCUCAACUCAAAAAAAAAUGGAGGGUCAGAGUGAGAUUGGUCUCACUAGUGAAAGUUUAGAUACUAGUAUGAUAGGGAGAAUGAGGGAGGAUGAGUAUGAAAGCCGGUCCGGAAGCGAUAACUUUGAUCUUGAAGGAAUAUCUGGUGAUGACCAGGAUGGUGAUGAUGGUCAGCGCAAGAGGAAGAAGAGAUACCAUAGACAUACUCCUAAUCAAAUUCAAGAGCUUGAAUCUUUCUUCAAAGAGUGUCCUCAUCCUGAUGAAAAGCAAAGGUUGGAUCUUAGUAAGAGACUUGGCUUGGAAAAUAAACAAGUCAAGUUCUGGUUUCAGAAUCGUCGAACCCAAAUGAAGACUCAGCUGGAAAGACACGAGAACAUAAUGCUUAGGCAAGAAAAUGAUAAGCUAAGAGGGGAGAAUAGUAUGAUGAAAGAAGCAAUGGUGAAUCCAAUUUGUAACAACUGUGGUGGACCAGCAAUUCCUGGCCAAAUUUUGUUUGAAGAGCACCAGAUUAGAAUUGAAAAUGCUCGUCUAAAAGACGAAUUGAACCGUAUAUGUGCCUUAACAAACAAGUUCCUCGGCAAACCAAUAUCGUCAUUGGCUAAUCCCAUGGCUCUACCAACCUCAAAUUCUGGUCUUGAACUUGGUAUUGGAAGGAAUGGUUUUGGUGGUGGUUCAAGCUCUCAUGGCACUUCUUUACCAAUGGGACUUGAUCUUGGAGAUGGUCCUGCGAUGCAUGGUAUUAGGUCGCCAAUGGGAUUGAUGGGAAAUAGUAAUGAUGUUCAGCUCGAGAGAUCGGUGCUUAUAGAUCUUGCAUUGGCUGCUAUGGAUGAAUUAUUAAAGAUGGCUCAGACAGAUAAUCCUAUUUGGAUUAAGGGAUUGGAUGGAGAAAGGGACAUAUUAAAUCAUGAAGAGUAUGCAAGGUCAUUUUCUUCUUGUAUUGGUCCAAAACCCACUGGUUUUGUCUCUGAAGCUACCAGAGAAACUGGCAUAGUAAUAAUCAACAGUUUAGCUCUGAUGGAAACUUUGAUGGAUGCGAAUCGGUACGCAGAUAUGUUUCAGUCGAUGAUUGCUAGAUCAGUCAACCUUGAUGUUUUAUCGGGUGGCAUCGGUGGAACAAGAAAUGGUGCUAUACAUUUGAUGCAUGCUGAGGUUCAAUUGCUUUCACCACUAGUCCCGGUUCGUCAAGUGAAAAUCCUUCGGUUCUGUAAGCAGCAUGCAGAAGGUGUAUGGGCUGUGGUCGAUGUUUCUGUUGAGAUCGGUCACGAUGCUGCUAAUGCGCAACCUUUCAUUAGCUGUAGAAGGCUUCCUUCUGGCUGUAUUGUGCAGGAUAUGCCAAAUGGUUACUCCAAGGUCACUUGGAUUGAGCAUUGGGAGUAUGAUGAGAGUGUUGUCCACAACCUUUAUCGUCCGUUGAUAAUAUCUGGUUCUGGAUUCGGCGCUCAUAGAUGGAUCGCCACCCUCCAAAGGCAGUGUGAAGGCUUGGCUAUCCUCAUGUCCUCUUCCAUCUCAAGUGAUGAUCACACCGCAUUGAGCCAAGCUGGUAGAAGAAGCAUGUUGAAGCUGGCACAACGCAUGACCAACAACUUCUGUUCUGGUGUUUGUGCUUCAUCUGCUAGAAAAUGGGACAGCCUUCAAAUGGGGACCUUGAGUGAUGACAUGAGAGUUAUGACUAGGAAAAAUGUUGAUGACCCCGGCGAGCCUCCCGGUAUUGUGCUCAGCGCUGCUACAUCUGUUUGGAUGCCAGUUUCACGGCAAAGGCUGUUUGAUUUUCUGCGUGAUGAACGGCUUAGAAGCGAGUGGGACAUUUUGUCUAAUGGCGGACCAAUGCAAGAGAUGGUUCACAUUGCAAAAGGACAAGGACAAGGAAAUUGUGUUUCUCUCCUCCGUGCUAAUGCCGUUAAUGCGAACGAUAGCAGCAUGUUGAUUCUGCAAGAGACAUGGAUGGAUACAUCGUGUUCCGUCGUGGUGUACGCACCUGUUGACGGGCAAUCAUUGAACGUGGUGAUGAGUGGCGGAGAUUCUGCAUACGUGGCACUCUUGCCUUCAGGCUUUGCUAUUGUUCCUGAUGGCAAUAACUCCUCUGGCUAUGGUGCAUCAAAUGGAACUUUACAGAAAGGCAACGGCAGCGAUGAUGGUGGAAGUUUGCUCACAGUUGGAUUCCAAAUUCUGGUGAAUAGUCUUCCAUCUGCUAAGCUUACAAUGGAGUCAGUUGAUACAGUUAACAAUCUCAUCUCAUGCACCAUUCAGAAGAUCAAAGCUGCACUUAGAGUUGCAUAACAAAACCAUCUCGUUAGCACAAUGCAAGUUAUAUACCUUAUUUUGUGAACUUGUUUUUUGAUUAAUUUUUUGAAUUGAAGAGAAAGAGGUUAUAAAUUUGGUUGUAUAGGAAAUAUCGCGUAAGGAAGGUUUCGAGUCAAGAACGAACCGCGUAAAAAGGAACUUGUUGUUGAGACUGAUCCAUGCACCGUGUGAUGCAAGCAAGUUUUCUAGACAUGGUGGUUCGGGUAUUGACUCGUUGACCCGCGAAUUAGUCUUGGUAUUCUUACAUACAUAUCUAAAACAAAUGUGUCUGUUCUGUUAUUAAUGCUGUCCUAUACAGUUGCAACUUGCAAAUGUGAACUGAACAACUAUUUAUGACUUUUUAAAGCAUUUUUCAUGUUUUGGUUUUAA